CUCUACGGACUCUCUCACUUCUACAUUACCCCCUUGGAGCUGUUGCCAAUUUCAAUGGCAAAGCUAAGCCCCUGUUUUCUCCUCUGCUGUUUUCUCUUCAUUCAUAUCCCCACCUUCACCCAAAGCAGACAACCCUCCUACGCCGAACAGCAAGAGACCGACAGGGUGACGAACUUGCCUGGACAGCCGCCGGUGAAGUUCCGGCACUAUGCUGGGUACGUCAAGCUCCGACCUCAAGACUCCAAAGCCUUGUUCUACUGGUUUUUCGAAGCCCAAGAUGGAGUUUCCGACAAGCCCCUAGUUCUUUGGCUUAAUGGAGGACCUGGUUGCUCAUCAGUGGCCUACGGAGCAGCACAAGAACUUGGUCCUUUCCUUAUUCGUAGCAAUGGCACCCGCCUUACUUUUAACAAAUUCUCUUGGAACAAAGUUGCAAACAUACUGUUUUUGGAGGCACCAGUUGGAGUGGGGUUUUCAUACACCAACAAUUCCCACGAUUUACAUAAACUGGGUGAUCAAGUUACAGCAGCCGACUCUUAUACUUUCUUAAUUAAUUGGUUCAAAAGGUUCCCUAACUUCAAAUCCCAUGACUUUUACAUUGCUGGAGAGAGCUAUGCUGGUCAUUAUGUUCCCCAGCUGGCUCAACUCAUUUAUGACAAAAACCAAGGGUCAAGUCCAGACUCCUACAUUAAUUUCAAGGGAUUCAUGAUCGGAAAUGCUGCGAUCAACGAACCGACAGACACGUUGGGGCUGUUCGAUUAUGCAUGGAGCCACGCCAUCAUUUCGGACCAACUCUACGACCAAAUAAACAAGGAAUGUGACUUUAAACAAACUAAUAAUCUAACGGUUCAAUGCGCCGAUCAUAUGAAAGGUUUCAUGGAUGCUUAUGCUAACAUCGAUAUGUACAGCAUCUACACUCCCGUUUGCAUUAAAGCUCUUGGAACAAGACGAACCUAUCCCAAACUCCCUGUAGCUCCUCGUCUCCUCUCCCAACAUGGUAUUUGGCAUAUGCUACCAAGGGGCUAUGAUCCAUGCACAGAAGGGUAUGUUGAGAAGUACUUCAACAGAGAAGAUGUUCAAAGUGCAUUGCAUGCUAAUCUCACAAAGCUUUCAUAUCCCUACACUACAUGCAGUGGUGAAAUCCAAGGUUGGAAUGACUCGCCCGACUCUGUUUUGCCCAUCAUUCAAAAACUCCUCACUGCUGGCCUACGUAUUUGGAUUUACAGUGGGGAUACAGAUGGGAGGGUGCCAGUGACAUCAACGAGGUACAGCAUAAAGAAAAUGGGACUAAAAGUAAAAGAAGAAUGGAGGGCAUGGUUCCACCAGAGCCAAGUGGGUGGAUGGGUAGAGGUGUAUGAAGGGGGACUGACGUUUGCCACCGUGCGUGGUGCUGGCCAUCAAGUCCCCGUCUUUGCUCCUCGCCAGUCCCUUUCUCUCUUCACCCAUUUCCUCUCUGCCGACACCUUGCCUUCUUCACGUUUCUAGCCGCUAGCUAGCUACUUGCUAAUGCUAUCGAUUAUGUUUCACCAACCAUAAUUUGGACGUUUCCUUCAUUACAUUUCGCUAUUUUAGGCUUUUUAGCUACCAAUCACCUCCAAGUUCCUCAUUGAAUUUUUUUACCUCGUGAUUUUGAUACACUUGUGUUUUUCAUGAUUGCAUUAUUGCUAUAAUCAUUUUUUUUAUGAUUUUUGAAAUAA